AUGAUCAGACCAGACCAGACCGUGUUUGUAGAUCCCAUGGAACUGGAUCCAUGCAGCCUCAAAGUUCUUUUGCACAGUCUCAGGGACAGCCCGCCUUCGAAUUUUCCGAUCCGACGAGGGAAUACUACUCUGGAUUUGAAUAUCCAAUCACAACGGGCGCCAACGACAUCACCUCGCCUUCCUCUCCUGUUGCAAUGCUACCGGUUUGGGGUUUUCCUCUCGGGGAUUAUGCGGGAGACUCCCAAUGGAUACUACGCAAAGAACGGACUAUGUUCGCCAGCCCAUUGCAACAUUGCGAUCAGACCGAGGGACAUUUUUGUCACACUCAACUACAACAGCCCAACUCUCAUCCGUGCCAUCAGAUUACAACGGGCGCAAAAAGACACUCUCGGCCGGAGGCGUUCUUCCUUGGUGAUAUACGAACCAAGCGUUGCAGUCACUCCUGCUACGUCGGUUAAUACGACGGCCGAGUUGGAAGCGGCGGCUAAAGCUGUCGGUACUUUGUGA